AUGAGCCAACGUACUGCUGUCGUCCUUAUUGAUCCGCUCAAUGACUUUCUCCACCCCGAUGGAAAGUUGUAUCCUCUUAUCAAGGAUAGUUUGGAAUCGUCCAACUCUCUUGAACAUAUAAAGGAGCUGGUUGCCGGCGCAAGAGAUGCUCGCAUUCCUAUCUUCUAUGGUCUCCAUCAGAUCACCAAGGAUGGAACUUACUCAGGCUGGAACCACAUGAAUGCGUCGCAGGUUAGAAUUAAACAGAAUGUGGCCUUUUCCGAAGAUUUUGGUGGUCAGAUUCUGAAAGAACUGGAACCUCAGCCUAGCAAUGGCGAUGUAGUUGUCUCUCGACACUGGAACAGCAGUUCGUUUUCGAACACCGACCUGGAGUAUCAACUCCGGCAGCAUGAUAUUACUCACGUCGUGUUAGCGGGUUUAGCCACUAACACAUGUGUGGAGUCUACUGCGCGUGCUGCUCGUGAAAUUGGCUUCCAUGUCACUUUGAUUACUGAUGCAACUGCGGCUUUUUCAAUUGAGUUGAAAAAUGCAGCAAUUGAUUUGAUUUGGCCCGUGAUUGCUGAUCAGCUUAUGACGACCAAACAGUGGGUAUCUUCCUUCUCAAAGGGGCGUAUCUGA